UUUACCGAGCUUCAACGCGAAAAUCCAGACGAGCACAUGCUAUAGUAAAGAAUCAGAACGAAAUGUUAUAGCCGUAAGCGACUUUUCUGGGUAAUUGUCUUUUAUUUAAAAACUUUUAUAGAGCUAAUUAAAAGGCUAAUUGCAUGUUUACAGAUAAUUGUACGCGUUCUGUGAAAAACUAAUUACUGAAUUUCCAUGACUUGCAUUAUACAUAAUCGCUUGCGGCAUGUUUGUACAUAGCGCAUUCGCAUACAUAGUUGAACGCAAAACUAGCAUGCAUUUUCCCCUUGUAUUAUUUCCCACAGUUUUGAUUAAUUUGAUCAACGGAUAUCCCAUUCCCAUGCCGAAGACACCGGCACGUAUCGACGUCCAUCACCACUAUCUUCACUUCUACCGGGAUGCGCUGGUCGCCAACGGCGGCGAUACCGGCAACUUCGGAACCCCGGAAUGGUCACUCGAAAGCGAUGACGAAUUCUGUAAAAACAACAGCAUCACCACGGCCAUGUUUUCCAUCUCCUCCCCCGGCACGGACGCCAUGCCGGACGCCCAGGCUAUCCAGCUGGUCCGGCGGGUUAACGAGUACGGCGCAUCCAUCCGCAGCCAAAACCCCUCGAAAUACGGAUUCUUCGCGGCGCUACCGUCCUUAUUCUUAAAAGACGCGACACUAGCCGAGAUUGCGUACGCCCUGGACACCCUCCACGCGGACGGUGACCUUUUUUCCAGCUACGGCAAUGCGACGAAAUAUCUCGGGCACCCGGAUUUUCGGGAGAUCUGGGCGGCGCUGAAUGACCGCAACGCAACGGUGUUCAUCCACCCGACGUACGGAUGCAGUCUGACGCCGGUCUCCGCGAAUUUGAGUAUUUCCACGAUUGAUUUCCAGGAGACCACCAGGACCAUCGUUGACAUGGUGGCGGCCAAUGUUCUGCGGGAUUUUCCAAAGGUCAGUGUGAUUGUUUCGCAUGCCGGUGGAACGCUGCCGUAUAUUGCCGGACGGCUGGAGAAUUCGUUGUACGACGCCAAGAGGAUUAAUAAAUCGCCGGAAGAAUUUACGAAGGAUGUGCAGAUGCUGUACUAUGAUACGGCCACGUCGAAGUACGAUUUAACGCUGGAUUUGUUAACGCAGUUUGCCAAAACGGAUCGAAUAUUGUUUGGGAGUGACUUUCCUUAUCAUCCAAUUCAUGCAGUCGAAGCGGAAACGCAAAGAUUUAAUGAAUAUAUCAAGAAAAAAAACCGACCGGAAAUUGACGCUAUUAAUGCGCAAAACGCUUUGAAAUUGUUUCCUAGAUUAACCGGCAAUUAGAAAUAGCGUUGACGGGAUAUGUUAUAAAGAUGUGCUUUCGGUUGUAAAUAACCGUCUCCAGUCCGCCAGAUGUUCGAGCUUCUUUUCUCUACGUGGUAUAUCUCUACUUUUAAUAUAUCCGCAAAUUAAUAGAGACCGGGACAAUAAAACUUUUCAUUCUUACAUUUG